AUGCCGCUCAUGGCCACAACAAUGUUUACAAGGCUACCAUAUUUCCCCAUAAUGUUGGCCCAGGAGCAACUAGGCCAAGAUAAAGACCUUGUGAAGAGGAUUGGUGCUGCAACUGCCCUUGAAGCCAGAGCUACUGGCAUACCUUAUGUCUUUGCUCCAUGCAUUGCGGUAUGCAGAGAUCCACGAUGGGGAAGGUGUUACGAGAGUUACAGUGAGGACCCUAAAAUUGUUCAAGAUAUGACGGAAAUCAUUCCAGGUUUACAAGGAGACAUCCCUCCCAAUUCACCAAAGGGUGUCCUUAUGUUGGUGGAAAGUAAGUAUACUACCUAA